CCGCCGCCGCCGGGCAUGGAGGGCGCCGAGGCGGCCGCCCGCGGCAGCUGCAGCAGCAGCCCCGCGCAGCCCCGCUGCUCCUCCUGCGGCUCCGCGCCGGCCGGCGGCGGAGAGGCGGCGGCAGCGGCCAUGGAGGAGCCGCUCGGGGAGGCUGCGUCCCCGGGGGUAGCGGCGGCGGCGGCGGCGGGGCCGAGGAAGCAGCAGGGGGUGAAACGGCAUCACCACAAGCACAACCUGAAGCAUCGCUACGAGCUGCAGGAGACCUUGGGCAAAGGCACCUACGGCAAAGUCAAGCGGGCCAUCGAGCGGUUCUCCGGCAGAGUGGUUGCAAUAAAAUCCAUUCGUAAGGACAAAAUUAAGGAUGAGCAAGAUAUGGUUCACAUCAGACGGGAGAUUGAGAUCAUGUCAUCCCUCAGCCACCCUCAUAUCAUCACCAUAUAUGAAGUGUUUGAAAAUAAAGAUAAGAUUGUGAUCAUCAUGGAGUACGCAAGUAAGGGAGAGUUGUAUGAUUAUAUCAGUGAGAGGCGACGACUGAGCGAAAGAGAAACAAGACACUUCUUCCGACAAAUAGUCUCUGCUGUACAUUACUGCCACAAGAAUGGCGUGGUCCACAGGGACCUAAAAUUGGAAAACAUCCUUCUUGAUGACAAUUUUAAUAUUAAGAUUGCUGAUUUUGGACUCUCCAACCUUUAUCACAAAGACAAAUUUUUGCAGACCUUUUGUGGAAGCCCACUGUAUGCUUCCCCUGAAAUUGUUAAUGGACGACCUUACAGAGGCCCAGAGGUUGACAGCUGGGCCCUUGGUGUAUUGCUUUACACUCUGGUUUAUGGAACCAUGCCCUUUGAUGGCUUUGAUCACAAAAAUCUCAUCAGGCAGAUCAGCAGUGGAGAAUAUCGUGAACCAACGCAGACCUCAGAUGCUCGUGGUCUCAUCAGAUGGAUGUUGAUGGUGAAUCCUGAACGCCGAGCAACCAUUGAAGACAUUGCCAACCACUGGUGGGUUAACUGGGGCUACAAGAGUAGUGUUUGUGACUGUGAUGCCAUGAGGGACUCUGAGUCCCCAUUGCUAGCAAGGUUCAUUGAUUGGCAUCACCGCUCUACUGGCCUCCAACCAGAGACUGAUACAAAAAUGAAGUGCCUUUCUAAGCCCAAAGGUCCCGAAGUCACACUAGAAAGACAGAGGUCUCUGAAAAAAUCAAAAAAGGAAAAUGACAUUGCACAGUCCAUCCAGGAAGGAGGAGCUGAAAAUGCAUCCAAACCCACUUCCAAAAGACCCAAAGGCAUCCUGAAGAAAAGGAGCAACAGUGAACAUCGAUCUCACAGUGCAGGGUUCAUUGAAGGCGUGGUCAGCCCAGUGUUACCUUCUGCUUUUAAGUUGGAGCAGGAGUUGUGUAGGACUGGUGUAGCCAUUAAAACUGUUGUGGAGGGAGAGGUAGCUGGCAAAUACGGCACUAAGCAGUCUUCACUAAUGCCAAAAAAAGGAAUCUUAAAGAAGACUCAGCAGAGGGAGUCCGGCUAUUACUCCUCUCCAGAACGAAGUGAAUCUUCGGAGCUCUUGGACAAUAAUGAUGAAACAGUAAACAGUGACACCUCUCCAGGGGUCACAGAACCAUCCAGAAAUGGGUCUUACAGCCAUUCCUGCAGGCGUAAGGGUAUCUUGAAACAUAAUGGCAAGUAUUCUACCAGCAGCACUGAAUCUGCUCUAAUUAGCCCUGAUACACCAACUCUGGAGGCCAUGGAAGAAGUAGUCCUGCCUGGAGAUGCAUUACCUCGAAGUUACAGUCGCCCUUCCAGCGUGAUUAGUGAUGACAGUAUUUUGUCCAGUGACUCCUUUGAUUUUCUGGAUUUGCAAGAGAACAGGCCAAACAGACAGAGGAUACGGAGCUGUGUCUCUGCUGAAAAUUUCCUACAGAUCCAAGACUUCGAAGGACUUCAGAACCACCCACGGCCACAGUACCUAAAACGGUAUCGCAACCGUCUGGGGGACAGCAGUUUUUCCCUUCUCACAGACAUGGAUGAUGUGACUCAGGUCUACAAGAAAGCCCUAGAGAUCUGCAACAAGCUCAACUAGCAGCAGGAGGAUGGAAAGGGAGGGAAAGGAGUUGUUCUGGGUACCUUUAUGGUGGAGUUAGCCAAGUUACUAUUUGCUGAGAAUGGUAGGUUUUCCUUCAAAGGAUCUGACUGAACUCCUAGCAACGUCUUGAAUAGCCCCAAAGUCACAAAGUCAUCUCACGCUUCUCUAAUUUUGUGUCUUCAGAAUAUUACCUAUCUGACCAGAGCAAAACCUUUGGUCUUUAUAUACGUGAUGAAAGUGUGUUAGGAUCUAGCAGACAAAAGCAUUGAGAUUUAAUGGCUUGGAGUGAAAGCUAGGCAGAAUUAAAACUGGAAACAAGACACACACAUUUUGAGAGGUUUCUGAUUCAUAUUAGAUUAGCUAUAUCAAGAGAUAAGCUGAAUUCUUCAAGUCAAUUUUGGAUGCCUUUCAGAAAGAGAACCUUUAUUAUCCCUUGAAGUUAUUCAUCAGGAUACAGGCAUCUAAUGUUUUCAUUCAAGAGUUUUCAUCUUGCAUUAUGCAGGAGGCCAGGCUGGAUGGUCACCCUGUUUCCUUCCAUCAGGGUGAACUGAGAGAUUCCUGAACCCUUUCUGUAACAGAUAAUUUGUGAGUGUAUAACUUCACACAGCUGUAUGUAUACAGGGAUUGGAGUAGGCAUCCAGAUCUGGCCCUUUCUACAGCUGUUGCUCUUCAGAGAGCAGGAGGCCCUAAAAUUGUUUCCAAUACCACUCCUACCAGCAAAAACAGAGUCAGAGAAAUGAGAAAGGGAGCUGGAAGUAAUUGGUGUUGUAAGCAGUGACUCUUCAAAGCGUUGUUCUACUUGUGACUUUUCGAAAGAGGUCAGCCAGAUGGAUGCCCAGAGAUUGGUCCUAAGGGCUAACAGAUCCUCUAGCCUUGAGUUCAGUCACUGUCAGCAAAUGGUUCCACCUUGCUAUUAGCUUGUAGUACCUGAGGGUGACAGGUAGUUUGAGACCAGAAUGUUAGGGAAAAGGUUGUAGCAUGUAGGAAACGGAUAGAGGCCAGAAAGUUGGUGGGAAUAUGCCUUUCUCCAAGUGAAAAUAUUUCUAAGUAGGUAGGAAUGGAGCAGAAAGAAUUGAGCAAUGAAGUGAUAACUGUAGAUUUGAUAACAGAGUUAGCAUAAAAAUGCAGGCCUCUAUAUUGAUAGCAUAGCUGGUACUGCAUAUGCAGUGAUGCCAGCUUGAAUAAACGAAAAGAGUAUGUGUGUGUAUUCUCACAUAUACCUAAAUAUCCAGACUAAAGGCUUCAACUCCCAUAAAGGUACCACAUGGGUCUACUGGAUUAUCUGAAUGUAAGCCUAUGUCAGAAAGGCACUGUGUGUUUGACAGGCCUGGGCAAACUGGAAUCAUAAGGCCCAUUUCACUCUCAUUUACAUGAGCACAUAGCCCCUAGCUUUCUUGGAGGUGCACUGGUGUGAAUACAUGGCAGGUUUCAGCCUACGAUAUCAAAGAGCCACAGCUGUAAAAUCCAUGUAUACAGGCAUACUCGGAAGAGAGAAGCAUGGGGCAAACUCUGUUCUCACUUCUCCCCUGGAACUGGAACUGAAAGCAGACUUCGGCCCACUGUGUUCAAAAUCCUAGAGACUAUGCAGAAAUGGAAUAGAGAUCCUCUGAUUAAUCUUUGAGUAUCAGGGAUAACCCCACAAACAUUGGCAUCUGGGGCAGGGAGCAGUUUCACUUGCAAAUUGUUUAUUCGGUGUGUCACGGUACUUCAGUCUGCUGGUUCCUCCUAAAAACCAACCAGCAUAAAGAUGAACGAGCUCAAAUUUCCUAAGUCAGUUAAUCUGUUUCUGUGGAGAACCUUUUCUUUAUUGUAAAACACUGGACCAAAUUUGGCCCUGGAGUCAAUGCCAUCAACACCCACGAAGUCUAAGAGAGAUGUGCUCUCAGGCGGUCAAGUGAAAUGUGGCUCACUGCUCAUUUGCUCAGGAACGGGAAUUCCAGGGCAUUUCUCUGUAGAUGUAGGAUGCUUUUGGUGUGAUGCUUAGAGAUACCGUCUUCUCACAGGCCCUGCAUUUGCUCCUUAUAGCCCACCCAAAGCCAACACCCUGUUUUGCAGUGUAUUUGAUUAACAGGCAGCACAGUGGCCCUGGAGCAGAAGAGUCGGCUCCUCAGCCGGCACACCUCAGCGCUGUCGUGUUGAUGUGAUGGAGCAGCACUCCGGUGGGGUUGUGCUGAGUGAUGCCUUCCCUAUGGGUUUCCUGCUGAAUCCUGAGUGGAUUUACAGGGGUUUUAGGAUGAAGGGAAGGGCACUCGACCAGCUGCAGCAGGGAAUGAGGAGUGCCCUGAAGGCUCAAAUCUACCUAGGCUUUUGCCCAGGCCUGCUUCCUUGUGUACAAAUGUGAAUGAGUGAGUGACUGCUUGCUGCCAAACUGGAAAUGUUACAUAGGGAUUUACUGGCAUGUUACUGGCAUGUUACAUGUUUACUGGCAUGUUAUCAUUCCUAGAGAAGAAAAAAAAACCAAAACACUUGACUGCACAUUGUUAUUAUUAGUGUUGUGAUUUUUAUUUAAUUUUUUUGUAAUACAAAGUUGACUUUUUUUAUUUGAAUUUGUCUCUCUUUUUUUUUUUUUUAUUUAUUGGUCUGAAAGCCAUUUCAAAGGUAUAAUAAUAUAUUUGGUGUAAUUUAAUUGGUGCAACAUUAUUUUACAGCUCCGGCCAAAAUCGUUUGGUGUUUUUUGUUUUGUUUUAUUGUUUUUUUCUCCCUAUCCUCAGUUGGUUUGAGCUCUAGGAGACACACAGGGGAAAACGCUGGAUAAUCACCCAAAGUGUAUUUUUAAUCUGAUACUGUUUUUUUAUUAAAUAAAAUGGAAUUAAUGUAACUGUGAA